UCAAGUUAUUGAUUCUUAGGAUUCUUAAUUUAAUUCAUCCUAUUAACUGCGAAGCCAUAGCUUCAUCAAAUCCUGCCUAGGAGGUCAUUCAAGAUGCCGCCUCAUAGCAAGGCCAACUUUAAGACCUACGAGUCCAGCACUCGUCUACUCGCCGCCGUGGUGGGGAGCCUCCAAGGCAAGGUUAAGCUUGACUUCACCGAGCUCGCGAGACUCAUCGGAGGGGGCACUACCGCACCUGCCGUGGACCACCGCUUGCGUCCUAUCAAGCAGCUCUCCAGGCUGCAGCACAUUUGGCUAGAACAGGGAAAGGACCCGGGAGAGCUUCCCGUCGACAAAGCAGCUAUCCAGAAGCUCUAUGGGGAGUCCACUGCCAGCGGCAUCGAGUGGCAGUUCCGCGAGAUCAAAGCGCUAAGCCGCGCCCAGCAAAAGGCGGUUGACGAAGAUGGAGAUCCCGCGGCGUGCAAGCCAAGCGCUUGCAACACGCCUUCCUCGCGUGCUAACGGCAGCGCCACUCCCGGCUCCCGCACCAGCAAGGCCAGCAAGAAGACACCCACCGCCGGCGCCGGCAACAAGCGCAAGCGCCCUAAUGUGCCGCUCCAUAUCUCGUCCGAGGAUAGCGAGCUCGACGGUGGAGACACGGACUACUCCGCGAAGGACCGCCAACCCACCAGCAAUAACGAACCCGAGACCAUCGAUGAUGAUGACGAUGUCGCGGAAGGCAAUGACGACGACGACGGCAGCGAUCUUCUCGCUUGGACUCCUACUCCCAAGCGACCCAAAGCUGCCCCCGCCGCUAAGGCUACCGCCACUAAGCGCGGUAGGAAGGACACCGUUGUCAAAUCCGAGGGCGACAACAACAACAAUGUCGCCCGCUCCCUCUUCCGCAGCAAGAGCACUGGCAAUGGCAAUGGCAACGGCAACCAGCCCUCUUCUAACGGCACGGUUCGCAAUGGCAGCAGCCGCAACUCCGCAUACGUCGUCCUCGACGAGCCGGAACCAGGGCUAGUGAAACCCGAGCCCGGCACCGGGCAUGACGAGGGCGAGCUGCCGAGUGCUGGUGGCCGUGGUUCGCGCAGCUUUGGCGGCGACGGCGAGUAUUACGAGCAUGAGGAUAGACUUGCGGAUGAUGAGUGUUGAUCGUAUCGCCCUACUACAUGAUCACGAGACCUCUGGCAACAUCGUGGGUUAGCUGUGCUGGGGUUCAUGGCUGGCAAGAUGGUAGAUGAUUUGGUGGGAUAUGAUAGGAGAUGGAGAGAGAGAGGAUGCCCUGUGC